AUGACGAAAAAAUUUUUCCUCAACGCACCUUUAUCCCUCGAGAUUGAACAGUUAAUUACAACAGACCUCAGUGGUGGUGGCAAGUUGCCCACAGCUGCAAAUAGCCCAGAGAAACCGUUCAGCAACAGCAAUCAACUCGCCUUUGCUGGAAUGGAAAAUAUCUUUGAAACUAUGAAAUUUGCCGAUAUCACCUUGUACGUCUGUGGAUGCCAAUUUAGAGCCCACAAAAUCAUUUUGGCCACGAGGAGUCCUUUUUUUGCUGCCAUGUUUCAAUACCAAACAGAAGACUAUUUUUCGGAACCCGUCGAAAUUGAAGACGUCGAGCCGCUCGUGUUUCGGGAAAUCCUCCACUUUAUCUCUACUGGUCGUCUUUCGGAAUCAGAGAUGAAGUCUACGAUGCCCUUUGAAAUCCUCAAAGUGGCCGCAAAGUAUCUGUUGGACCAAUUGAAAAUGGAAUGCGAGACUCAAUUGAUUCACCGGAUCUCGGCAGAUAAUUGCAUGCAAUUACUUUUUUUCACCGAAGAAAACCAUUCGGCGUUUUAUUUGAAGAAGUAUGCGAUCCAAUUCUUCCGUAAUUUCUCCAGCGAAGUGAUGGCGACGGAGGCUUGGGAAAAGGUGGAACGCGAUCAUCCAAAACUGUGUCUGACUACGCUGAAGAAGAUUGUCGAGACUCGUUAG